UGCAAAAUACUUUCUUUUUCUGUUUUAUUUUGCAAUGGAAAGUGGCAAGAUGUGUGGCGACGCGUAAAUGCUGCAGGAUUUUUAUUGCUACUUUUUUGGCAAGCAGAUCGAGAGAGUCAGACCCCAAAAUCCAAGGGAAGGAGGGUUACAGUGGAGGCACCUCUAUUAACUCUAGAAGGGUCGGAGUGAUUUUUUCUUACUUUUUUGGGGAGGAGACUUGAAAAUGCACCUUUUGCCAUUUUAAUCUACGCUAUUUUAUUUAAAAAUAAGGAGAAGUCCAGAAAGAAGAAUUCCAGUCUCGAGAAGAGAAAGGAUUCCCCCUCCAGCGAAAUUCUCUGCCCCAAGGAGUUUGCCAUCUGUGGAAAGUGGAUUUAAUGGCCUUGAAUGCUAUAUGUGGCCAAAAGACACAUAUAAAUAUAAAACAGUCAGGCACCACAAGUGCCUCUGCUGGCUGAAAAGAGCAAUAUAAGCCAUUAAAAAAACAACACAGUGAAAAUCUCAAAACAUCAGCUGCCAAGUGGUUUUCUUGCAUUAAAAGCAGAGGGCCCCUGUCAGAGAAAAACGUUGGUGACUUUAGCAUGAUUGGAAGUGCGAGAUGCAUCAACACCAUUGUCAUUCCCAAGCAGCAUGGCUGAUGGAUUUCUGGGGAUGAUGGAAGUUGCAAUCAAACCCACAGGGAGAGUGCCAACUUAGGAAAGACUGCAUGGCGAGUUUAAUGCGAUCUGUGCAGAACUUAAUUCAUAGUGUGAUUUCUAGUACCAGCACCGUACAACAAUUUGUAGGGUAAAAUGGGAGGGGGGUGGCACUGGGGAGUUCCCCUCACCCCAGGGGCUUACACAACAGGUGGCCAAAGGCAUCUAAAACAAACAAAUGAACAAACAAAUAAAUAAAGAGAUGGCUCUUGGGAAGGAGAUGGACGUGACAAUUCCAUCUUUGGCUCUGGGAAGGGAGGGGAGGCUGGUGGUUAACGAGAGUAAGGACCUAUAGUCUGAAGACCUGGAUUUUAUCAACACACUGUGCUCUUCCAACCAGGACUCUGCCGCUUUGAGCUCUGCAGAAAACGCCAGGGUGGGCCCUAGAUUCCAAACUGGCUGCACCGAAGGCUGCAUAGGGACGGGGUUUAUUUAUUUUAUUUAUUUAUUUAAAGUUUUUAUAUGCCAUCCACUAUUAAAGUCUCUGGACGGCUUUCAAAAAACAGAAAACAAAACUACGUACUACAACAACACGCAACACACUGCACCUGGCCAUUAAGGAUAAAAUCAAAGAUAAAACGAAUGAAAUGUUAAAAUACUGGGCAAAUAUUGGGUUGUCCAUAGGAGGUUUGUCUCUCCCUUUAAAUCCAGGAACCAGAUGUCAUGGCAGAGGACAAUGGACUCUACGUGAAGAUUGUGGAAAAUGGGAACGAGACCCUUGAGGCGGAUCCACAGGGCCCCCCCACCGAACCGAGCACCUUGCUGCAGAAGCUGAAAGGCGCCAUCUCGAAGUCGGUCCAGAGCAAAGUCGACUGCAUUCUGCAAGAUGUCCAGAGGUUUUCUGAUCAUGCCAAACUUUAUCUCUACCUCCAACUGCCUUCCGGCCCAAGUUCAGGAGAAAAAAACUUGGACCUCACUUCUCUGAGCUCAGCCGAACACAUGCACGCCUGCACCUGGAUCCGGAACCACCUGGAGGAGUAUCCGGACACCUGCCUGCCAAAACAAGACGUGUAUGAUGCGUACAAGCGAUACUGUGACAACCUUUGCAGCCGCUCUCUGAGUGCAGCGAAUUUCGGCAAGAUCAUCAGAGAAAUCUUUCCUAACAUCAAAGCGAGACGACUGGGGGGCCGCGGGCAGUCGAAGUAUUGCUACAGUGGGAUACGGAGGAAGACAGUGGUCAACAUGCCUCCGCUUCCUAGUCUGGAUCUUAAAGAAAUUGAGACUCCGGAGCGGGUCGAGCUGGUCCACUCGUACAACGACGAGGUGAUGGACGCGGCCUGCGCCUUGACCUGCGACUGGGCCGAGAAGAUCCUCAAGCGGUCCUUCAACAACAUCGUGGAGGUGGCUCAGUUCCUCCUCCAGCAGCACAUUAUCAGCUCCCGCUCUGCACACGCGGACCUCGUCAUGGCCAUGGUCGUCUCAGAAAAUGCAGAAAGCCACAGGGAGAGACGCCCCCCUCCAACUGCAAAGAAGGUUGAGUCGGACGCCCCUGAGAGUACAGACAAAACGCCGCCUCCGGCCAAGCCGGAGAAUAACCCCAAGCCCCCGGCGGCGCCCCCGCGGAGCGAGGCCAAGAAGCCCGUGGACGCCCCGGCCAAGCCGGCCAGCAGCCCGCAGGUCAACGCGUUAAUGGCCCGCCUGCCCCUCCUGCUGCCCCGGGUCCGGGUCCAGCCCGGGGACAGGCUGGUGGUGUCUCCGGGCACGGCUCCCCCCGUCCUGGCGCCCAAGCUGACGGCGGCCCCCGUAGCGGGGGCGGUCAAAAUGGCCCUCUCCGUGGGCCCCACCGCCCCCACCAUGCUUGCCCCGGGCGUGGGGGGCCCUGCCGGCCUGGUCGGCCCGCAGGGCGCCGUGCCCGUGAUCAACAUGAUGCCGGUCAUCAACGUGGCCGUGCCCCCCAUGGCGGAGUUCGCGCCGAAGCCCAAGGGCCUGCCGGGCGGUGGCGAGGCGAGCGGCAGCGGUGGCAGCGAGGCCGGCAGGUGCCCCUGCGACCCACAGAAGGCCAAGGCCCCCAGCAAGCGGCCCGCAGACGCGCCCGGGGAGAGCGCGGUGAGGAGGAAGCGGGGGCGGCCCCGGAAGAAGCCGGAUGAGCCGGAGCCCCCUUCGCUGGAGAAGAAGGUGGCCGAGGAGUGGCCUCCCCAUGCCAAAGAGGACUCCGACAUCAUCGUGGUCACCGUGGGCUAUGAGGACCCCGCCGCCCCGCCCUCCCCCCGCCAGAGGGCGCAGGAGGAGGACAGAGAGGCGCUGCAGGCGGGAGGCGGGAGGGGGCCGCCCCCCCAGGCCCCCGCGCGGGAGGCCCCGCCCUGCGCCAGCGGCCUCGGCCACCCCGCCAGGAGGGCGGCCGUCCUGCCCUCCCAGGUGAGCGUCAUCAAAGGCCGGAGGUGCCCCCCUCCCGUGCUGGCCAGGGGGGCAGGGGGCGGCGUGCAGGGGCCCCUGCGGCUGGCUGCGGGCGCCCCGGUGCCGGGGAGCGGCGCCCCGGCGGCCACGGCGAGGAACUCUGACGAGCCGGGAGGGGGCGCCGACUCGGACCCCGACCUGCAGCCCACCGACCUGUCGCUCGGCAAGGCCCGCCUGUCCUGCAAGGAGCGCUCCGACGCCGCCGGCUUCCGAGCGUCGUCGGUGCGCUUGCACCGGAUCAGCUCGGGCCCGGGGAAGGGGGUGGAACCCGCAAGCCGCCCGGUGACGUCGACGCAGGCCCCCAGCCGGUAACAUCACCCCGAGCGCUGGCCCGCGCACGCCCCCCGCGCCCCCCCAACAAAGGCGCCCUCAUUCUGCAUGCUUCGAAUGCACGCACGUAGGAAACGAUAGACGACGCGAGCUUGCCAUACGACGGUUCAUCGUGCAGUGGCCCCCCCAAUCUUGCAAGGUUAUGCCUGG